AAACUAAUCAUGGCGCCCCCCACAAAUAGUAACAAAUGCUCUUCAGAUUCAUUCAUACAGUCAAGCUUGACGAAAAAAAUAUUAUUUUCGUACAUACCCUUGGCAGGAGCAGCUAGCUACCAAGCAUUCUCUCUCAAUGUAGUGAAUCCAAAGUUUCUCAAGAGCGUCUUUCCCAACUGGCACUUUGGCGUGACGAAUGCGCUACUGCUGAACGCACAUCUCGGCGUGGGCCUGUACCUGUUCAGCCGGCCACACAUGGCAUGCUCCACACACGCGAUGUGCCCGCGCGUCGCAUACAGUGUCUUCGGAGCUGUCAUGUUCAACUUCGGCUCGGUGCUGCUGUGGGCGACGGCGAAGACAGUGGUGCCACCUUGCACGACCGCGAGGGCGCUCUUUGCUCUCGGAUCUGGUGCGGGACUGCUCUGGGUCGGCUAUCGAUACGUGAAGAUGCUGGAUGAGAAUGCAACGCGAGACGUCUGAGACGCUCUGAGACGCGGCUGGCUGCGCCGUCUCCGCUGCAGGGUGAGACGGAUUUGUCGGCGCUCCAGAAUGGACGUCGGUAGAUCUAAGUGCCGUCGGUUUGUGGUCGAUCGCUAGUUGCAAUCUAGUACCACUUGUACUCAGUACUUCCCCUUGUUCGUUUUUUAUCCUCCUUUUCAUCCUCCUCCUCCUCCUCUUUCUCCUCCUCCUCAUCUUCCUCCUUCCCUUCCUUCUUCUCCUCCUUCUCAUUCCUAUUCUCCUUUUCCUUUGUUUUCUCUUUCUUAUUUAUCUUGUUUUUCUUUUUCUUGAGCAUACCUACCGACGUUGACUCAUGAAGUGCAGGAACUAUAGCAUUGCAUGGCUUUGGAAGGAGCACUUUGGUAGAACACAGAAGGCCAUUUACUGUUUGGAAAGGUUGUGAGAUCGCAACACGGCGUGCACCAAAAUAAUACCAGUUCAGUGUAAGUGGUAUGAGGAGUAGAGUUACGUAGGAAUGCAUCGUUGGAAACAUCAAUCGUAUUUUUGCCAUUGUUCACAUCACAUGCCGGUGGGACAUUCUUUCUUAAUGAUGUAUUUUGUUACUUGAAAGCUGGAAAUUUAGCCGGGGUUACUGACAGAUGCAGGUGAGAGAUUUCUGGCAUGGGUUUUUAAGUGCAAUCGAUAAAAAUGUUAUGAUAUUAUUGAUAAGCCACUUUGACCACGUAUUGUCUCUGCAAUGUUGGGGACAUCUUGAAAAACAACACUUUCUUAAACAUUCUCUAGUUAAAACUAGUUAUGAUAAUCUUUACUAUUUGUUGGAACACCUGGUGUUAUCUGCCUAAUUUCAUAUAAACUAAAAUGGCUUUUGAAAUUAUAUUACUGCGUUUAGACAAUAAAAGGUCUUUUUAAGUCGAAAAGAA